AUGAGAAUCCGACACAACCAAUAUUACUGGACAAUUGACAACAAGAGUUCCUUGAAUAACGAAGUUAUCGAACGCACUCACGAUGAGCAUGCCAACUUCCUAUUCCAAACCGUUUAUGUCAUCGACAGUUUUGUCCACGACAAAACAAUCGAAGUCAUCAUGGCUACUUUAAGUUGUACUUGCGUCUUAUGGGGAGCUGUCAGGGCUUACAGGUAGAUUAUGCAACACUUUGUCACCUUUUCCAGCUGGGGCCGAAGAGCAGGGAAGCUCCUCGUAGAUGCCUCGACCAUCAUAAAAUUCGUGUUAUAUGUGGCGGAGAAUCUUGGGAAUAUAUUCCUAUUGAUUGCUGGAUGCACAGCUGUAUGGCUAACGUUUGCAUACAAACUACAAAAAGAGAUGGUUUACGUGACCUUAACUUAUGAUCAAGAAUGGUCUUUGGUAAUCUACAUCUGCUGUGCUUGUGGUCUCAAAGCAAUCGCUUUAGUCCACACGUACAUGAGACUCAUAUUCACGGAGACCUUCUUUGUCGAUUGGGAACGACCACGCCAUUCUCUCGACAGAAGUAGAGAAACCACAAUGAUGGAAAUGACACAAAAUGAACUGCUCGGUCAAAAGACUAAGAAAGCACCACCAGUGGUCAUUUGGUAAGGGAAUAUUAUGUAAAGUAAUCUUUAAUUUCCAGGAGAACUUAUCUAAUAGCCAACGAAUGGAACGAACUACAGUACUACCGGAAGACAAGCAUAUCUCUGCAGAUGAUUGCUCUGUUAUUCAUAUUAGAAUGGUUCCGUUUCGGUGACUGGGCGAUUGUCCAGCCCGGAUUUCAUCGAGGUAAUAAUAAACUCUACAAUAAAAUAAUAAUUUCAAUCUUAGGAGAUCCAGUUUAUGCAGAAAGUCGAAUCAGCAGGCUUGCUGUGAACCUGACUGCCUAUCUGAUGAUCAGUAUGAGCCAGUGGAUAAUCAAUGUGCUGAUCAUAGAGAAGAUCACAGAUCCCUUUAGGAACUUUAUGGAUCUCUGCUCAGUUGCCAAUAUAAGUGUACUGGCGUUAAGUCAUCCCCUCAGGGCUUACUACAUUCAUGGGCGCUCAGUCCAUGGUCUGGCUGACACAGAUAUGUUGGAAAUGAACACAUUCUUACAGCGAGAAAAGGUAACCACUACUACUACUACAUAAUAAUAUUAAUAUUAUAAUUUUAGGAAAACUUAUGUGGACUUCGUGGGCUAGAAAGUAAUUCCGAGCUGCAAACCUUCAUCGCUUGUCUACCAAGAGCCUUUCGAGAGAGACUGGAUGAAUUAACUGGAGCUUUAAAGACAACUACUCAAGGACCUCAAGUCAGAAUGGUGGGAGGUGACAAAACUACUACCAAGGUCGAGAAUACUGCCAAGAUUCAUUCCGAGAUCAACCAAUUUGUAAAGGAUUUCAUCGAUCAUGCCGAUCCUUCUUGUGAUUAUGUGGUCACCGAUCCCAAACUGAUCGAAGAAAUAUUGGAUAUCGAAUUGAACGACACUAGCAAAGUCGGAACUCUCAUCAGGUAAAUUUUACCACUCAUUAUCAUCUAAUUAUCUUUCAGAGAUCCCUCCGAGAUGAGCUACAGUUCCUGUUUUGUCUAUGGAAAUGAAUGGUCCCAUCUUUCUUUCGAGCUUUUGCUGUUUUGUGUAUUAGAUAUGUUCUUGCUCAAUCGCAUUAUCAGUGCGACAAUAGUUUACGUAACCUCUCUGGCAAUUACCUCCAUUGCUAAAACCUUCUUUACCAACAAUCUGGUUAGAAGUAGCUUGGUCGAUCACCGAUUCCUAAUUUAA